AUGUCAGAAACACGAGAAGAAAGAAUCAAGCGGUUCUUUUUGGAUACCGAUCCCAAAACAGCAAAGAAGAACGACAUAGAUGAUUCGACCAAGCGGUUCAAGUACUUGCUUGGACUAACGGAUUUAUUCCGCCACUUCAUCGACAUCAACGCGUCCAAAGACGCCCGGUUCAAGAAGAUGAUCAAGCAGAUCGACUCGCAGGUGUCGUUCCAAGGCAAGAGCACGUCGAGCACCGGCCGAAAGGGUCGAGGUGGAGGCCUGGGUCGUCGACGGAAAACAGAGAAGGAAGAGGACGCAGAGUUGUUGCUUGACGAAGAGCACAUUGACGACGAAGAGACACAACAGACGGUGCUCACUGAGAGUCCCAGCUACAUCAAAGAUGGGAAGCUCCGAGAGUAUCAGAUCCAAGGUUUAAACUGGUUGAUAUCCUUACACGACAACCGACUCAGUGGGAUUCUUGCAGAUGAGAUGGGGUUGGGGAAGACGCUUCAAACCAUCUCGUUCUUGGGGUUUCUCCGGUACAUAAAGAAGAUCGACGGGCCCUUUAUAGUGAUUGUGCCCAAAUCCACGCUUGACAAUUGGCGUCGAGAGUUUGCCAAAUGGACUCCGGACGUGAACACGUUGGUUCUUCAGGGAAACAAGGAGCAACGGACGGAGCUCUUCAACAAUCGGUUCUACACUGCUGAUUUCGACGUGCUCAUCACGUCGUUUGAAAUGGUUAUCAGAGAGAAAUCACACCUAAAGAAGAUCCGUUGGGAGUACAUCAUUGUAGAUGAAGCCCAUAGAAUCAAGAACGAAGAUUCUUCACUUUCGCAGAUCAUUCGGUUAUUCUUUUCCCGGAACCGGUUGCUUAUUACCGGGACGCCGUUGCAAAAUAACUUGCACGAGUUAUGGGCGUUGCUUAAUUUCUUGCUCCCCGAUGUGUUUGGGGACUCUGAGAUGUUUGACGAGUGGUUUGAGAGUCAGAGCGGUGGACCAGCGGAUCAAGACGACGAUAAUGAGGACUCGGACGUACGGAAACAAGAUAAAGUGGUUCAACAGUUACACCAAGUGCUCAGUCCAUUCCUCUUGAGAAGAGUCAAGGCCGACGUGGAACGGUCCUUACUUCCCAAAGUGGAAGUCAACAUCUACACUGGAAUGACAGACAUGCAAAUCGAUUGGUACAAGAAGUUGCUCGAGAAGGACAUCGAUGCCGUUAACGGAGUGGUGGGUAAAAGAGAGGGGAAAACAAGGUUAUUGAAUAUCGUGAUGCAAUUAAGAAAAUGUUGUAAUCAUCCUUAUUUAUUUGAUGGAGCAGAGCCAGGACCCCCGUACACCACCGAUGAACAUUUGGUCUAUAAUUCCGGAAAGAUGAUUAUUUUGGAUAAGAUGCUACGGAAGUUCAAGAAGGAAGGCUCACGGGUCCUUAUAUUCAGCCAAAUGUCCCGAUUAUUGGAUAUACUUGAAGAUUAUUGUUAUUUAAGAGAUUAUGAAUAUUGUCGGAUAGAUGGAUCUACCGAUCAUGAAGAUAGAAUUGAAGCCAUUGAUUCCUAUAAUGCCCCAGAUUCAGAUAAGUUUAUUUUCCUUUUGACCACUCGGGCCGGUGGGUUAGGUAUUAACUUGACCUCGGCUGAUAUAGUUAUCUUAUAUGAUUCUGAUUGGAACCCUCAAGCCGAUUUACAAGCCAUGGAUAGAGCCCAUAGAAUCGGCCAGAAGAAGCAAGUCAAAGUGUACCGGUUUGUUACCGAGAAUGCCAUUGAAGAGAAGGUUUUGGAAAGAGCAGCUCAGAAGUUACGGUUGGACCAAUUGGUUAUCCAACAAGGUAGACAACUGAACACUGGUUCCAAUGCAAUUGGUAACACCAAAGAUGAUUUAUUAGGAAUGAUUCAACAUGGAGCGAAGGAGGUGUUUGAGUCCAAGAAUGCCACUUCCCUAUUGGAUGACGAUAUAGAAAGCAUUUUGAAAAGAGGAGCUGAAAAGACUUCCGAUUUGAAUAACCGGUAUAACAAAUUGGGGUUGGACGAUUUGCAGAACAUAACCUUUGAUUCCUCCACGUACGAAUGGAACGGCCAGAACUUUGCCAAAAAGGAUAAUUCUGCUGCUGGUGGAUUAGGGUUCACCUGGAUUAACCCCAGUAAACGUGAGAGGAAGGAACAAACUUAUUCUGUGGAUAAUUAUUAUAAAGACGUAAUGAAGAACGUUCAGGAGAAGGGAGCUACCAAGCAAGAAAGGCCCAAGGCUCCCAAAGCAUAUAACGUUCAAGAUCAUCAGUUCUUCCCUGAUGAGUUGGUGGACUUGUUAGAGCGAGAACAAUAUGCUCAUAAAAAGGAAGUGGGCUAUAAAUAUUCAGUGUAUGACUUUGGAGGAGAUUCAGAUGAUGAUAAAGUUAGUGACCUGGAGGAAUUGUCUCGAGCUGAACAAAGAGACUUGGAACAACAGAAAGUCAAAGAUGCCAUUCCUCUAACUGAAGAAGAACAGCAACGGAAAGAUCAUUUGUUAACGCAAUGUUUCCAUUCAUGGACUAGAAGAGAUUUCACCAAUUAUAUUCAUGGAGCAGCCAAAUAUGGUCGGACCAAUUAUAAAGAUAUUGCUGAAGCCAUGGCUAAUAAAGAUCAGGACGAAGUCGAACGGUAUCUGAAAGCCUUUUGGCAACAGUAUAAGGAGAUUGAAGGGUAUGAUAAAUAUAUUUCCCAGAUUGAAGCCAGUGAAAAGAAAGCCGCAAAGCUAAUUAACCAACAGAAACUCUUGAAUAUCAAGAUGGAGAAUUUGGAAAACCCAUUAGAAGAUUUAAAGAUUCAAUAUCCUCCUAAUAACGCCAAAAGGGUCUAUUCCAAAUUGGAAGACGGCUUUAUCUUGAACUGUGUACAUAAACUUGGUCUUUUCACAGACAAUUUGGGUGAGAAAAUUAAGGAAGAGAUCUUGGCCAGUGAUUUGUUCAGAUUUGAUUGGUACAUUUGCUCCCGUACUCCUCAAGAAUUAUCAAGAAGAGUUAAUACUUUAUUGCUUGCCAUUACCAGAGAAAUGGAAGGGCCUCUUCAUGGUAAGAGGCGCAAGGGAGAUACUUCCAAUAGCAGUACCCGAGCAGGAACAGUUGAUCCUAUAGAGAAUGGAAAAAAAUAA